UCCGCCCGGUCCCUCCCAACCCUGUGUCCCAGCUCCCCGCACCCAACGUGCUCAGGCUCGGGCGGCCGGCGCUUCUCAAGGAGUGAUUUCCCCUGAAGGCCACGUUCUCAUUCGUCUCUGUACCACCUGUGCUAUGCGCGCAGCCCGUUUUCUCAGGUUCUCUCUCCCGGCGAAAGGAGACCUCGGCCUUGCGCCACUCGUAGAGGCGUGGCCAGCGGAAGACCCCGCCCCCUUUAUGACGUUCAGGGUGGCGCGCAAGGCCUCGGAGGCGAGGGGUGGGACUGGGUUUAGAAGGAGACCUGGGGGCCGGGGUCGCCUCUCGACACCCAUCUCCCGGCUUUAAUUGCUUCAUCGAAUCCGAGGAACUGAGGCGACCUCGGCCUCCAGCGUCUCCGGCGGGCUGAAGCGGCGGCGGCGGCCGGGAUGGCGUUGCUGGGCUUACUGCAGGCGGGCGGGUCGGUACUGGGGCAGGCGAUGGAGCAGGUGACAGGCGGUAGCCUCUUGUCUGUGCUCUUGAUCGCCUGCACCUUCACCCUCAGUCUGGUCUACCUGUUCCGCCGCGCCGUCGGCCACCUGGCCCAGCUGCCGGCCGGGGCGAAAAGUCCACCAUACAUUUUCUCUCCAGUUCCAUUCCUUGGACAUGCAGUAGCAUUUGGGAAAAGUCCGAUUGAAUUCCUAGAAAAUGCAUAUGAGAAGUAUGGACCUGUAUUUAGUUUUACUAUGGUGGGCAAGACGUUUACUUACCUCCUGGGGAGCGAUGCUGCUGCACUGCUUUUUAAUAGUAAAAAUGAAGAUCUGAACGCAGAAGAUGUCUACAGUCGUCUGACAACGCCUGUGUUUGGAAAGGGAGUUGCAUACGAUGUACCUAAUCCAGUUUUCUUGGAGCAGAAGAAAAUGUUAAAAAGUGGCCUCAACAUAGCCCACUUUCGACAGCAUGUUUCUAUAAUUGAAAAAGAAACAAACGAAUACUUUGAAAGUUGGGGAGAGAGUGGAGAAAAAAAUGUGUUUGAAGCGCUUUCUGAGCUAAUAAUUUUAACAGCCAGCCAUUGUUUACAUGGGAAGGAAAUCAGAAGUCAGCUCAAUGAGAAGGUGGCACAGCUGUAUGCAGAUUUGGAUGGAGGUUUUAGCCAUGCAGCCUGGCUGUUGCCUGGUUGGCUGCCUUUGCCAAGUUUCAGACGCAGGGACAGAGCUCAUCGAGAAAUCAAGAAUAUUUUCUAUAAGGCAAUCCAGAAACGCAGACAGUCAGAGGAAAAAAUUGAUGACAUUCUCCAAACUUUACUAGAUUCUACAUACAAGGAUGGGCGUCCUUUGACAGAUGACGAAGUAGCAGGGAUGCUUAUUGGCCUGCUCUUGGCAGGGCAGCAUACAUCCUCAACCACUAGUGCUUGGAUGGGCUUCUUUUUGGCCAGAGACAAAACGCUUCAAGAAAAAUGUUACUUAGAACAGAAAACAGUCUGCGGAGAGGAUCUGCCUCCUUUAACUUAUGACCAGCUCAAGGAUCUAAAUUUACUUGAUCGCUGUAUAAAGGAAACAUUAAGACUUAGACCUCCUAUAAUGACCAUGAUGAGAAUGGCCAGAACUCCCCAGACUGUGGCAGGGUAUACCAUUCCUCCAGGUCAUCAGGUGUGUGUGUCUCCCACUGUCAACCAAAGACUUAAAGACUCAUGGGUAGAACGUCUAGACUUUAAUCCUGAUCGCUACUUACAGGACAACCCAGCAUCAGGAGAGAAGUUUGCCUAUGUGCCAUUUGGAGCUGGGCGUCAUCGUUGUAUUGGCGAGAAUUUUGCCUAUGUUCAAAUCAAGACAAUUUGGUCCACUAUGCUUCGUUUAUAUGAAUUUGAUCUCAUUGAUGGAUAUUUUCCCAGGGUGAAUUAUACAACCAUGAUUCACACCCCUGAAAACCCAGUUAUCCGAUACAAACGAAGAUCAAAAUGAGAAAGGUGGCCAGAAGUAACGUGUGAAACAUCACUGUCAGCUGCAACAGCAUCUGCAGAUAAUGAAGUUUACGAAAUAACUCCUGUGUACUGUUCUUGAGUGUGUAACGUAAAGACAGCAGUUUAAGAUUUUUACAUUUCAUUAACUGAAUGAUUCCACCAAUUCUGGUGUUACUUCAAAUAUUUUCUAAUGGUUUUAUAAUAAAUACAGUCGUCUCUCGGUAUCCAUGGGGGAUAGGUUCCAGGACCCUCUUGGAUACUAAAAUGCGAGGAUGCUCAAAUCCCUUAUAUAAAAUGGCAUAGUAUUUGCAUAUAACCUAGGCACAUCCUCUGGUAUAAAUUACCUCUAGAUUACUUAUGAUACCUAAUACAAGAGGGAGGUGAACAAUGCUCAAACAAGGAGUGCUGGAGAGAGACUGGGGUGUGUGAGAUGGUGGAAGACUACAGUGGGGUAUGCCUACACAUCACUUCAUUCGCAUGGAUUCAGCAUAAUGUUCGGCACGUGGCAAAUUCGAGUUUUGCUUUUGGAACUUCUUUUCUGAAUAUUUUCAAUUGGUGGUUGAUUGAAUCCGUGGAUGUGGAACCCAUGGCUACAGAGGGCUGACUGUACUUUUUACAGGUGCUUAAAAAAAAAAAAAUUGUCUAGGGAAGUCGUUCUAGGUACUUGGCAGAUUCUGAGUGACACAAAUUAAAAAUUCCAGGUACUAAUUCCAAGAGCAUAUAUACUUGGAAAUUAAACACAAGGUAUUUAAAUCUUGGACUAGUUCUUCAUGGUAUAGAAAGCUCAGUGAAAUACUUGGAAGCCAUAGGUUACUCAUUUACCUGGGAACUUUUUUUGUGUGUUGUGGCUGGAGGUGGGAGGGUGGGGAAGUAACUGUUACAUAUAAAACCCCGGGUAGAAGAGAAUGCUAUUAAUUGGUCUUGGAUGAUAGAUACUCAGCAAUGAUGGGGCUAUGCUGGAGAAAAAUAAUGUCGUUUGAAAUUAUUACUGGCAGGACUGUAUAUAGGAAAUAAAGAUUUUUGACCAUGA